AGAGGAGGUUGGGGGGGGAGAUGAUGGGGGAGGGCCCCUGCGCGGAGUACGCAUGCGCGCGGCCUGUCCAAGGGCUCAGGAUCCGCCGCUGUUCUUCUGUUGGCGUCGCUUCUCUCGGUCGCUUAGGCUGCCUCCGCCCUCCGGCAUCCGCCGCUCUCAGAGGACAGGUUCUCCAGCGGACAGCGCCGCAGAUCGGUUGGGGCUUGCACGCACUAGUCCCAGUCUCUUCGAUUGAGGAUAGCAAAUAUUGAAGAUAGUCAACUGCAUUCCCUGGUUGGCUGAACUCAACUCCACAACAGCAGUAAGAAGAAAACUCACUUUCUUUUAUAAGGAGGCUUCCCACAGAAAUUUAAUUAACAACUAGAUGAAAAGAUUAAAGGAAACUGACUCAUUUCAAUAUAAACAUAGAUUUGGGAGACUCCAAGCAAGCAAAGAAACUGUGGCUGAAACUGAGAGAGCAGCAUUUGUAUAUGAAGCACAAGAGGGUGGUUAUGUAGAAUUUUAAUAAGAAACAUCAAUAUUUUAAAAAUUUAAAUAACCUCCUAUAUCACUUUUUGUAAGUUUGUAGCAAGUAUACUUUUUAAGUUAUUACAGCUAUGUCAUGAUUAAUGCAAGUUCAAAUAAUUCGAAAUUCAGCUUAGUGCAACCUAUAAAAUGAGAGCUAUUGAAGUUAAUGUGAGCCAAAAAUCAGUUGAUGCAUUGUAUGCUAGUUAAAGGUUUUAACUUAGAGAUAUGUCAUUCUGCUCUUGCCUAUCAUAGUUUGCUAAUGUAAUUUUUUUGCUGUGUACCAUAUUACCAACAGUUUCAUUCAUUUUUUUAAAAAGCCCAUAAGAAAAUGGACAAAAGGAAGAAGACUUCAGAUGGAAACACUGCCAGUGUGAAAAAAAAGAGGCUUGUUAUUACAUUAGAACAAAAAUGUGAUGUGAUCGAACGGCAUGAACGUGGUCAUAGUAACUCCAAAAUAGGGCGAGAUGUAGGAAUGCCAGAAUCUACAGUACGGAAUAUUAUAAAACAUGCAGGUGAAAUUAAAAAAAAAGGUAAAGUCGCAUCCACUUUUUGUGGUUUGCAAACAACUACAAGGAAUAGAAGCGUUACAAUGAUAGAAAUGGAACGUCUUUUAGCUGUGUGGAUUGAUGAUUGUAAUAAAAAAUGCAUUCCUCUUAGCAGAGCUGCUAUUCAGACAAAAGCCUCAAGUUUAUUUAAAGCAGUGAAAGAAAAUGGGAAUGAAGUAGAUAGUGAGGAAACUUUUUCUGCCAGUGGUGGUUGGUUUGAUCGCUUUAAAAAUCGAGUUCAUUUGCAUCAUGUUAAAAUUACUGGAGAGAUAGCCAGUGCAGACGAGAACAUGGCAGCCACCUAUCCUGAUGUUUUGAAGAAAAUAAUUGGAGAAGGUGGAUACUCUGAUCAGCCAAUUUUUAAUGUGGGUGGAACAGGCUUAUUCUGGAAAAAGAUUCCUUUCAGAACUUAUAUUUUUAAAAAAGAAAAAACUCAACCUGGAUUUAAAGUGUCUAACGAUCACCUGACAGUUUUUGAACAGCUCGAAUGUGGUCAUAGUAACUCUAAAAUAGGACAAGAUGUAGGAAUGCCUGAACCUACAGUACAGAAUAUUAUAAAACACACAAGUGAAAUACAAGAAAAAGGCAACGUUGCCUCAGCUUUUUGUGAUGCACAGACAACUACAAGGAAUAAAAGUGUUACGAUGAUAGAAAUGGAGCAUCCUUUAGCUUUAUGGAUUGAAGAUUGUAAUGAUAAACACAUUCCGCAUAGCAAAACAGCCAUACAACCGAAUGCUCCGAGUUUAUUUAAGGUAGAGAAAGAAAAUGGAAAUGAAAUAGAUAGUGAAGAAACUUUUACUGCAAACAGUGGUUGCCUUGAUCCCUUUAAAGAUCACGAUCAAUUACGUAAUGUUAAAAUUACCGAAAAGGCUGCUACUACAGAUGAGAAUAUGGCAGCUAAAUUUCCUGAUAUUUUAAAGAAAAUAAUUGAAGAAGGUGGAUACACUGAUCAACAGAUUUUCAAUGUGGAUGAAACAGGUUUAUUCUGGAAAAGGCUGCCUUCUAGAACUUACAUCUUUAAGAAAGAAAACACUCAACCUGGAUUUAAAGUGUCUAGGGAUCGCCUAACACUUUUACUAGGAGGUAAUGCAGAAGGGGAUUUUAAAUUAAAACCAAUGCUUGUUUACUGGUCCCGAAAUCCUCCUGCUCUUAGAGGCUACAACCAACAAUCACUUCCAGUUCUUUGGAGGUCAAAUAAGAAAGCAUGGGUAACUAAAGCUAUUUUUGAAGACUGGUUUUCAAGUUAUUUUAGCCCAGCUGUUGAAAAAUAUUGCAAGGACAGGAACAUUGCCUUUAAAGUAUUAUUGAUUUUAGAUAAUGCCUCUGGUCAUCCAACUACACUUGGUUCAUUGUGUGAGAAUAUAAAAGUAAUUUUUUUGCCACCAAACACAGCAUCUUUAUUGCAACCCAUGAACCAAGGAAAUGUUGCAAUAUUUAAGGCCUACUACCUAAGAAAAAUUUUUGAACAGGCAGAUGCAAAAACUACAGGUGAUGAGGCAAUGUCUUUAACUGACUUCUGGGGAAAUUAUAACAUCAGAGAUGCAAUUGAAAAUAUUCAUCAUGCUUGGCAACAAAUAACUACAAAUAACAUGCGUGAAGUAUGGAAGUGCAUUUUGCCACAUUGUGCAAAUAGUAAUUUUGAAGGUUUUCCCUCUCAAAGUCAGGCUAUUAUAGAAGAAAUAACAAACAUAGGAAGAAAGCUUGGUUUUGAUGAACUAGAAAGUGACAAUGUCCUAGAAUUGUUGGAAGCACAUUCAGAAGAAUUGACCGAUGAUGAUUUUCUUCAUUUAGAUCAACAACGAGUGUUUGAAGAUGUUGGCGAUGAUACUGAAGAAGCAGAUAAUAUGCAAAUGAAAGAGUUCACUCUCAAAGAAUUUGAAGAUAUCUUUCAAGCUUUAGAGGUUGUGAAACAAAAAAUUGUGGAUGCUGACCCUAAUGUUGAUCGAAGAAUACAGAUUCAUCAAGAUGUGGAUAAAGCUCUUUGUACCUACCAACGUAUGUAUGAAGAUUUAAAGAAAGAGAAGACAAUUCAGUCUACACUGCUAAAAUAUUUUAAACAAGAAUAACAGUGUUUUCAUCAUAUCAGUGUAGGCUUAUCUUUAGGUAAGAUAUUCAGUAAUUUAAUUUUUUUAUUAAUUUUGUUUUCUCUAGCUACAUUAUUACUUUGUAAUGAACCUGAAACAGAAGUACAUUUUUCUUAUCAUUUGUUGUUAUAUUAUGUUAAUAAACAGUAAAAAAAAACUCA